GUAUGAUCAUUUGAGAUGGAAGAUAAGAACUUUUUUUUGCUCAUACUUUAACUAAAAGAGCUUGUUUUAGAGGGACUCAAGUUGUUAGUCUUUUUUUUUUUUUUUUUUUUUUUUGCGAUAAACAUGUUAGUUGUGUAUUUGAUGCCUCAAGGGUACCAUAUAGAACAAUCCAAAAACUCAAGGGUAUAAUGUAAAAUAAACUAAUAACUCAAGGUCACUUUGUAGAAAUCUGAAUUUAGUAGGAUACAAGGUGGAAAACUCAAAAAUUCAAGGGUACCAUGUAGAAAAACCAAAAAACAAAAAAAAAAAAAAAAAAAAAAAACCAAAGAUUUUCUCAUUUCAAUACUGCAUGGUCUACAUCUAGCUUAUUUAAACAUAAAAAAAAAAAAAAAUAAAUAAAAUAAAAAAAAAGGCUUAUUUAAAGUAGUUAGCAAUAACGUCCUCCUCACCUUAUUUUUUUUUGUUCAGAGAGUCAGAAAUAAAGAGCGAGGAUGGAUUCCGCUGCUCCCACAUUCAAGAUAAUUUUGGGCUCUAAAUCAAAAGCAAGAAGAGAAAUAAUGGUGGAAAUGGGUUAUGAAUUCACAAUUAUGACUGCAGAUAUUGAUGAAAAAGCUAUCCGCAAAGAAAAGCCGGAAGAUUUGGUCAUGGCCCUUGCUGAGGCGAAGGCUGAUGCCGUCAUCUCAAAGCUUCAAAUUGCUGAUAAACAAGUGAACGAUAAUGAGCCAACGCUUCUCAUUGCAGCUGACACAGCAGAAGCCACAUUAACAAAGCCUUCCAAUGGUGAUCACAGAACUGAUGCUGGAACCACUAUCUUAAUUACAGCCGACCAAGUGGUGGUUUAUGAAGGCAUGAUAAGGGAGAAACCAUCUGGCAAAGAGGAAGCUCGACAGUAUUUAAAAGAUUAUUCUGGAAGGAAGGCUUCAACUGUCAGCUCUGUUCUUGUGACAAACCUUCAGACAGGUUUCAGGAAAGGGGAAUGGGAUAGAGUGGAGAUUUUGUUUGAUGAGAUACCAGAUGAUACUAUUGACAAGCUUAUCGCAGAGGGUGCAGUACUGCAUGUUGCUGGUGCUCUAAUAAUUGAACAUCCUCUCAUAAAACCCUUGGUUAAGCAAGUGGUUGGGACAACCGACAGUGUAAUGGGCCUUCCGAAAGCAGUAACAGAGAGAUUAAUCGCAGAGUCACUGUAGGUCAGAGAUUAAGGCAAUUCGCAAUUUGCAACUGAUGAUAUUGGGUAAUUGGUCACUUGAUGGCAAAUAUGAUCUUUAUUUAAUUUGUGAUUAAGUCAAGAAUAGUUGGUCUCAUUGAUGAAGCAGAACUCACGGCUUAAUGAACAGCGUUUUAAUUUUGGCCAUCUAUUAUUAUGUUGUUAGUUUCAUGGAAACUAUUCUUGGAAAGCAGCCAGAAUACAAAUUUCACGCUGUUAUUGAAUAUUACAUUAACUUGCCAGCCUUUUUGUUUAUGUAAUACGCUUCUUUCUUGUAGAUUCUCAAUUAGUAUUAUAUACUCCUGGAUUACCAUGGAUUGUGGUAACUCCUUGCACAA